GGAGUUCGUUGUCGAUUGAUAUUCAACGAGAGUCAGAGCGGGAUAAGUGCAUUAGUAUUAUUUUCUGUAAGUUUAUUUUAUUUUGAGACCACAUAACACUUUUUUCAUCUUCAGCUCACUUGUUGAGGCGGCGCGCGAUGCCGGCCAGCCCGGCGGUGAGUAUGUCGUUCUCGGGCGGGCGGCCGCUGGCGCCGGCCGGUGCCGGCCUCCAGGAGGCGCUGUCGGCCGCCGGUGCCACGCUGGAGCGCCUGCUGGCGGCCGACACGCAGUUCCCCAGCCUGGCCGACCGGCUGCGCAUCGGCAGCCAGCCGUGCCCGACCGUCAGUGGCCUGCACGAGGCCGACUACCCGAGCCUGGGCGCCGCCGGCGGCCGCGGCGGGCUCGGCCUGCGCCAGAUCAGCGCCGGCAAAAAGGUGCCGCUGCCCGCCGAACUGGUGGAACACUUCAACCACCUGCAGUGCAACUGCAUGAUGGGCCUGUUCCCCGAGCUGGACCGCGCCUGGCUCACCAUCGACAACGACAUCUACGUGUGGCUCUUCGAGACGGGCGCCAACCUGGCCUACUACGACGGCCUCAGCGAGACGAUCCUGGCCGUGGGCCUGGUGCGGCCGCGGCCGGGCGUCUUCCAGGCGCACAUCCAGCACCUGCUCUGCCUGGCCACGCCGCUCGAGAUCGUGCUGCUCGGCGUGACCAUGUCGCGGCCGGCGGCGCCCGGCGGUCCGGCCGAGAUGCACGUGCUGCCCGAGCCGCUGUUCUCGAUCGCCAGCGACGGCGCGUACGUGACGACGGUGGUGGGCACGCCGUCCGGCCGCGUCUUCCUGGGCGCCAAGGACGGCUGCCUGUACGAGCUCGUCUACCAGGCCACCGAGAGCUGGUUCUCGCGCCGCUGCCGCAAGAUUAACCACUCGUCGAGCGCGCUGUCGGUGCUCGUGCCGACGUUCCUGUCCGCCGCCUUCUCGGACGAGGACCCGCUGCUGCAGCUGCAGGUGGACGCCUCCCGCAACGUGCUCUACACACGCUCCGAGAAGGGCACCGUCCAGGUGUACGACCUCGGCGACGACGGCCAGCAGACGGUGCGCGUGGCGGCGCUGUCGCAGUUCUCGAUCGUGCAGGCGGCCGAGGGGGUGGCGCGCACGGUGGACCCGUCCAACUUCCGGCCGGUGCUGGACAUAUCGCCGGUGACGGCCGCCGAGUCGGCGCACGUCCAGCUGGUGGUCACCACGGGCGCCGGCGUGCGGCUCUACUUCAGCACGGCGCCGACGGCCGGCGGCCGGCCCACCUCGCUGCAGCUGCGCCACAUCCGGCUGCCGCCCGGGUUCGCGGCCAACGCCACCCAGCGGCCGGCGGCGCUGCACAUGGCGCGCUACUCGGACGGCACGGCGCUGCUGGUGGCCGCCCAGUCCGAGGAGCUGGACGUGCUCUGGCUGCUCAGCGGCGACGCCUUCCCGGCGGCCGGCCAGCUGACCGAGCUGCAGAGCACGCUGGCGCUCGACUGGCACACGUGGGCGCUGCAGCCGCUGCCGGAGCGGCCGCUGGUGCGCUGCGAGCCGGCCGGCGCGCCGCGCCCGCCGCUGGUGGUCACUCAGCACGCGCGCCUGCCGCGCCGCUACGUGGCGCUUUCGACGCGCGGCGUGCAGGUGUUGGAGCAGCUGCGGCCCGUGGACCAGCUGCGCGCGCUGCUCGAGGACGCCGGCCGGCCCGACUCGGACGCCGUGCGCGCCUUCUUCACGCUGCAUACGGAGGCGCAGGCGUGCGCCACGUGUCUGAUCCUGGCGUGCUCGGACGCGCCGCAGGACGCCCAGCUGGCGGCCUGGGCGGAGCGCGCCUUCCUGCUGUACGGCGGCGAGCCGCAGGUGGUGGCGCCGCCGGCCGGCGCCGGUCACCCGGCCUCGCCGCACUCGACCAGCCUGCUGGGCGCCAGCUUCCACCCGCAGCAGGUGUCGACGCCGCAGCCGAGCCGGCCGGCGCCGUUCGCGGCCGGCUCGCCGCCGCUGGCGCUCUCGGCGGCCGUCUCUCCGGACACGUCGCUGGCGGCGGCGCCGGCCGAGGUGCUGUUCUCGGGUAAACACGACGGCCUGUACCUGUACGCGGCGCGCCUGCUGCGGCCCGUCUGGGCGAGCCGCGUGGUGCGCGAGUUCUCGCCUCGGCCGGGCCAGGUGCACCUGGUGUCGGCGGCCAGCUCGGAGGAGCUGGGCUGGCUGAGCGGCCAGCUGGAGCUGCUCAGCCGGCUGCUGCAGCGCCACUCGCCGCUGCAGCCGCCGUUCGCCGACACGGUGAGCACGCAGCAGCUGCAGCAGCGCAUGAACUCGUACCUGGAGCAGGACGAGGCCGGCCGGAUGGCGGCCGGCCGCGGCCACCACCUGCAUCACCAGCAGGCGCUGCAGGCCGAGCGACAGAGCCUGCUCCACCUGCGCGAGCUGAUCGCCUACACCAGACAGGUGCUGGGACUGGUGAAGAUUGUCACCGACCACCAGACGCACGUGGUGACGGAGGCGCUGAGCAGGGAGGACCAGUCGGCGCUGCGGCUCAUGACGUUCCGCGACCUCACGCUGUCGGGCCGCACCAUGUGCACGCAGCUGAUCGCCGCGCUCAUCGGACGCUACCUGAGCGACAACGGCAGCACGGAGGCCGUGUCGGCGCAGCUGCGCGCUCUGGCGCCGGCCGUCUUCAGGGAGGAGGACGCCAUCAGCUCGCAGGCCAGCGAGAAACUGAUGGCCGCGCGCAACGCCAGCUCGCCGUCCGAGCGGCAGCGGCUGCUGGGCGAGGCGCUGGCGCUGGCCAAGCGUGUGGCGGGCCAGCUGCAGUUGGCGGCCGUCUGCCAGCAGUUUCAGGCGGCGCACGACUACGAGGGUGUCGUGGAGCUGGUGCUGGCCGCCGCCGAGAAACGAGACCCCCAGGAGGUGGCGCUGCACUACUACCGCAACGGAGAGCCGGCCGAGGACCUGCAGGGCCGCCAGGCGUUCCGCGAGCGCGACGAGUGCUACACGGUGGUGCUGGAGAUGCUGUCGGCGCUGGUGCGCGCCUCGCACGGCCAGCGUCAGUCGCCGGUGCCGGCGCGGCCGGGCGCGCCGCCGGCCGCCGAGCCGGCCGACCAGCCGCAGCAGGCGCAGCGCCAGGCAGAGCGCGUCAUCGACGCCGUGCUCAAGUCGCGCGACGAGCUGCUGCACGUGGCCGUCUACAACUGGAUGGUGGUGGAAGGCAUGUCGGAGCGGCUGCUGCAGGUCAGGUCCCCGUACAUCGAGCCGUUCCUGACGCGCAGCUCGGGCGCCGCGCCCGGCGUCCAGAUGCUCGACCUGCUCUGGAAGCACUACGAGCGCAGCGGCAACCACCUGGCGGCGGCCAAGGUGCUGGCCAAGCUGGCCGAGCGGCACGGCACCGACGUGGACCUGGCGCGGCGCAUCGAGUACCUGGCGCGCGCCGUGCUCUGCGUCAAGUCGAGCCAGAUGCAGGUGGCGGCGGCCGCCUCGCAGGGCGAGUUCCUGCACGAGCUGGAGGAGAAGGUGGAGGUGGCGCGCGUGCAGUGGCGCGUGCUGGAGGCGGCGCGCGGCCGCUCGCCAGAGGCCGAGACCCGGCUCAACGCCGACCUGCUGGACGUGACGGCGCUGUACAGUCUGUGCGAGCGGCUGGGCCUGGCGCGCUGCCAGCUGGCCAUUGUGGUGUGCGCCGGCCACCGGGACGCGGCGCUGGUGCGCGACCUGUGGCGACGGCUGCUGGCGGCGCUGCUGCAGCAGGCCGGCUCGGCGGAGGCGGCGGCGCCGGCCGUCACCGAGCUGGCGCGCGAGUACCGCGGCCAGCCGGCCUACUGUCCGCUGGACACCAUCGUCCGACACCUGGAGGAGCACUCGUGCCGGCACUCGAUGACGCCUCCCGAGUGGGCGGCCGCCGCGCUGGCCGAGGCGGGCGUGUCGCUGCCCGAGCUGCUCUCUGUGUACCAGUCGCUGUACAGCCAGGAUGACCCGGUGUGGACGGACCUGCGCCGACCGCAGCACCUCCUCCAGGCCAUUCACUGGAUCAUUUCCCGGUUCAGCGAGCGGCCGGACUUGGUUGCCGCCAGAGAAAGGCGCGCCUUCAUCAGCACGUGCCAGGACCAGCUGGCCAGCUACCUGACGGACCUGCGUGCCAGCUCGGACCCGGACGCCGGCCUGCUGGCCGCCCGCCUCAAGGACACCAAGGUGGCGCUGGAGCGGCUGCGCCAGGCGCCGGCCGCCGCCGACUCGAGCGGCCUGGGCGCGCUGGGCCUGGGUCUGGGCAGGUCCCCGGCGCGCCGGUGAUGGCGCGGCGCGGCCCGCCGGGGACAGCGCCGCAGCUCCGCGGGAUCCAAAGCUUCGCCGCGGCUCGCGUCAGACGGGCAGACCGUGAUACGGCGGCACACCGCCAGCCAGCGGGCAGACGAGUCAGGUGGAGAAUUCCGCUGUGGGGUGUGGUAGAUGUCAGCCAUGUGCCGAUUUGGGCUGACCGUUUCGGCCGUGACCUGCUCCGCGGAGUGGGUAAAGAGGAGAGUCCAUUGGAGGGGGUCCUCCUGUAUCACUGUGGGCGAGCUGCUGCUGCUUGUGUCCCAUUAACGCGAAGGUCUCGGCUUGUGGAGAAAAUAAACCAAUGUUUACAUUU